CAUCACUUCCGUAAACAUCCCGGCAGUUGAGUGACAGCGAAAAUCUGCCAAUCGCGGCUUGCGGAGCGCCGAGGGGGGCGGUAGCCUCUCCUCAUCCGCUCGGGCGCUGGAGCGCGGGAAAUGGUAACGCUUCCCCAUGGAGACGUUCGUCAGAAGAUACGAGACAAGAAACAAGGCAGCGGGAGCCGAGCCGCCGUCCAAAUCCCGGGUUGACUGGAGACGCACUAAGAGGGAGCCGAUCCUGUGGUACAGCGAUGAGGAAUCCUCGUUUACCUCGGAGGAGGAGUCAUCCGUGUCAGAAGGUGAAAAUGAUGAAAGUGAUGUGAAGGGCAGCCUUUCCGACCAGGAGGAGAAAAGCCACGGUGGAGAACUGACGGAGGAUGGCGAGGAGGAACGCGUCGUGCCUGGAAAGCGUAGAAGGUUCAGCAGCUGCGUGCUGGAGGACAGCGAGGACAGCGAGGACAGCGAUGUACUCGUUAGGAAAGUUUUUGCUAAACGCCGCUGUGUGAUCGAUGAAGACGAGAGUUCCCAAGAGCAGCGGUUUGGUAAAGCAGAAAAUGUUUCUGCUGCGAGGAAACGGGAAGUGCUGGCAAAGCUGCAGGACCUCGCAAAACAGCGGGCGACUCGGAGCUGCGCUGGGAAUGAAAACUGCGAGGAUUCUGAUGGCGAAGCAGAAAUAGCAGAGGAACCAUUCUGCCAAUUGCUCCUCACACCAGAAGGCAGUGAAACUGACAAUGGAAGCUUGAAAGAUUUUAUAGUUGAUGAUGACGAAGACGAUGAUGGCAACGUGGAGCACGUUAAGAGUGAAGGACAUCCGCGGCAGAAAGAGCUAAAUGUUUCAAAUAGCGGAUUGCUGGCACACUACGUCCCACACUUUUGCCACAGCAGUCCUUAUGAACAUUUCCAAAGAAUAGUAAAGGCUUUCCUCAUAAAUGCGAUUGACAACACUUUUCUGAGCUCACUGUAUGAUGGAACAAGACAAAAGAAGUAUGCACAGGAUAUGUUGCUCUCACUUCAUUAUUUGGAUGACCGUUACAUUCAGCCCCGCCUUGACAACUUAAUCUCUAGAAGCCGCUGGAAAGACCGGUACAAGGAGCGUGUGGAUUGUUACCCAGGUGUUCUCAUAACCUUGAAAAAUCCAACCAAUAUGUCUUGUCAGGCAUGUGAAAUGAAUCGCUACUGUAAGUUUAAUGUGCUGCUGUUUGGAAAGCUUUAUAAUAGUAAAACUCUGGAAGCAGAUGACUUCAUGUCAGAUGACAAACAGGUGUUGAAGGUCGGCGUAGUGUGUGCAAAUCGGACCAAAGUUUAUCACAAUUUGAAGCACUUCAAGUACAAGUUGUACGUGGAGUGCAGCUCCAUGGCCAAGUUGGAUGAUGUUGAGGAUGAACCAGUUAAAGACACAGUUGAACGACUUUUCAGCCAGCUGGAAGAAACGGAAUGGAUUCAGAAGAAAUGUAAUGAUCUUGAAAACUACAUGAACGAUGCAGACAGUUUCCAAGAAGAAAAAAAUUGAUUAAGUGGACCUACAGCUCUUUUAAAGACACCUUGUAAAAAAUUGAAUGGCCUGUUUUAUCUGUAUGCACUUCACCUCUGCUUGUUCUUCAAGAUUCUGAUAAUCUAAAAGACCAUGUUAUGCUUAAAUCCACAGGUCUGUAAACUACUGCUUAAGAAAAUCUUGUAUCUUUUUUUCAUCUGUGUGAAUAAUAACUUGAAGUUUUACCAAAUCAGUCCUUCCAUUCUUGCUGCAUUGGUCACUUCAGGUUUCCUUUUAUUCUUAAAAAUAACAGAUCAGUAUCUUUUUGCUUGUGAAACAAAAGCUCUGCCCUCUGCCUGUUGAUUCUGAGCUGUAUCACUGGGAAGGCGGGAGGUCUUGAGACUUUUUGAAGUGGGGAUAUUUGGAAAGGUAAGUCUGUGUUACACAGGAACAUGCAUGAUUUGCAUCAUACCUUCCUUGCUGCUUGUUGUAAAUUCGCAAGCAAGUUCAACUACUUAGAAUAAUAGUUAUGAUGAAAAGGACCCAAAUGCAAAGACUUAUUUCCCCUCUGAGGAAUCACUAGGACCUGUUGUAAGGCAGCAGGGGAAAUAUUAUGCAAUCCUGACUAUAUUUGCAACACAGCAGUCAUUCCUCUUCAGAGAGUAGGUGAUGAGUCACAUAGUGGGCGUCACAGGGUCUGAGGCUGGCAUAGCCAUCUAGGUGCUUCUCGGCCCCACAGGGCUCUCUCUGAUGCUCUGAUGCUGUCUGAGGCAACUUAUUGAGAUCUUAAAUGACAAAUUGUGUUGUGCAAACAUAAUGGCAACAACUUGCAGUAACUAAAAAAAACAAAAAUAAUGGAUUAAUGUGGCCAUGCAAGCUAAGCAAGAAUUAUUCCAGUAUAAUCUGACAACAGAAAGCAGGAGUUAUCUGGAAUCAUGAUGCAUGGUUUACCAUGGCGUGAGUAGAGUAGACUUUGAAGACUGGGAAGGGUUAGGUACUCUGUUGGCUAUUCCAUCCUGGUAUUUUGUGCUGCAUAUAAAGUUAAAUUGACAUAACCUAACAGAAGAUGCAGGGCGCAUGGUUUUGAAUCCUGUUAGGAACUGUUCUUAGACUCUGCAGUAUGCAUAUAUUCUUGUUAGUCUGUUGUAGCUGAGAAAUUCAGUAAAGGGAUGAAUGAUGCUGUUAACCCUCUAGAUUUUUUUAACAAAUUGCUUUCUCAGAACUAAAAGUAGGGAAAUCUUUUUUUCACAUAUUUGUCACAAAAACUUCUCGUGUCUGAUGUCCCACUCUAUUGGUAACAUGCUGACCAGCUAGGCAACUACUGCCAGGCAUACCACAUCAUGGUCAAAAUCUGUUGGCUUUUUUUCUGUAGGACUGUAACUUAGAUUUGUUAUUCAGUAGCCUUGUUCCAGCAUUCCUUGUAAGUAAUGAACUGUUUUCAUAUUUUAAGGGGUUGAAACUCAGCAGUGGGUUUAAGUGGUGUGAGAGUGAGCUAAUAUCAGUUCUCCAUUGCACCACGUGUGUUGGUGAAAAAUCCCAGUAAAGACACUGAGACUUGCUCUCAAACUUGUAAACUUAUAUGUGAAGAUAUUAUUUUCAUACCUUAAUUUUCAGUUAGAUAUGUAAAUAUUCUAAGAUUUUGUAUAUCAUACUUAUUUCCCCGGUUACCAAGCUGAAGGAACUCUUCUCUUUCGUUGUCCAUCCCUGUUUUUCAGAGAAUGUUAGUGAGAACACACCCAUCAAUCUACAAGUACCCAGGAAUCAGUCUCAAGCAUUUCCCUUUCAGGAAAAGCAGUGCCUGCUGAUGCCAUAGUUAUUCCUGUUAACAAAAUCUCUAUGCUUCUGUUGAUACCUUUAAAAUAAUUGUUUUGGUGUAACUUAACUCUCAUGAAAGAAAUCUGGUUUGCGAAGAGUGGAUCUCACACUGCAUAACAAAGUGCACGCUCUCAGAUCUUCCCAAAUAGUAAUAAAUUGUGCUGCUUUCUGAAUGUUCUGAAAGUUCUGGAGAACAAUUUCUGUGUUAAAAAAUUGCUAUUGGAAUGAAUGGUCACAUUUCUUGUUUUGCCACAUUUCUUAGAAUCGUAGAAUCACCAAGGUUGGAAAAGACCCACAGGAUCACCCAGUCCAACCAUCCACCCAUCACCAAUAGUUCUCACUACGCCAUGUUCCUCAACACAGAAUCCAAACGUUCCUUGAACACCUCCAGGGUCGGUGACUCCACCACCUCCCUGGGCAGCCCAUUCCACUGCCUGACCACUCUUUCAGAAAAGUAGCAUUUCUGAACGUCCAGCCUGAAUCUCCCCUAGCACAGUUUGAAGCCAUUCCCUCUAUUCCCUCCUAUCACCAGUUACACAAGAGAAGAGGCCGACCCCCAGUCACUGCAAUCUCCCUUCAGGUAGUUGUAGAGAGCAAUGAGGUCUUCCCUGAGCCUCCUCCAGACUGAACAAUCCCAGCUCCUUCAGCCACUCCUCAUCAGCCCUUUGCCAGGAUGCCAUUGGCCUUCUUGGCCACCUGGGCACACUGUCGGCUCAUGUUCAGCCCAGCAUCAAUCAAUACCCCCAGGUCCAU